AUGGCACAAAUAGGUUCGAUGGAGGAAUUCUUGGCUGUGGCAGUGGAUGCAGCUAAGAAUGCUGGGCAGAUUAUUCGUUCUGGGUUCAACAAGACCAAGAAUGUGGAGCACAAAGGACUGGUGGAUUUAGUCACAGAGACUGAUAAGGCAUGUGAAGACCUCAUAUUCAAUUUUCUCAAACUGCACUACGCCGACCAUAAGUUCAUUGGAGAAGAAACCACUGCUGCUUAUGGGGCAACAGAAUUGACAGACGAACCGACUUGGAUAGUUGAUCCCUUGGAUGGAACAACUAACUUUGUGCAUGGGUUUCCAUUUGUCUGUGUCUCUAUUGGUCUAACAAUUAGACGAAUUCCGACUAUUGGUGUCAUCUAUAAUCCAAUUAUGGAUGAGCUUUUUACUGCAAUUAGUGGAAAAGGUGCUUUUCUGAAUGGUAAACCUAUCAAAGUGUCUUCUCAAUCAGAGCUCUUGAAGUCCCUUCUUGCCACAGAGGCUGGAACAAAGCGUGACAAGUCUACUUUGGACGCAUCUACCAAUAGAAUCAAUAGUUUACUCUUCAAGGUUAGGUCCCUCCGGAUGACUGGUUCUUGUGCAUUGAACCUCUGUGGGGUUGCUUGUGGAAGGCUCGAUAUAUUCUACGAGCUUGGUUUUGGAGGCCCAUGGGAUAUAGCUGCCGGUGCUGUGAUCGUAAAUGAAGCUGGAGGAGUCGUGUUUGAUCCAUCGGGUAAAGAUCUUGACAUCACGUCUCAACGCAUAGCAGCUUCAAACCCUCUUCUCAAAGAUGCAUUUGUCGAGGCAUUGCAAGUGUCAAAAUAA